AUGGCCGCCUCCGAACAGCUUGACUUGGGCGUGUUAAACACUGAUAAAAAAGAGACUAACUCAGCCAUGGAAAUGGACAAAUGCGCGGCUGCUGAGAAUAACACAGAACCCGAAAAGAAGGAAUCACCCGAAGCUGACCAGGACAUAGCGGAGCUUUUUAAAAAACCCACUGCAUUCCCCGUGCCUUCUCUCGCCAGCAAACGUAGCCUGGACGCUGCCGCCGCCUCCAAACCUGGAGCCGAGACAAGACUCGAGAAGGAAAACAACAAAGCACAAGUUGCGGACACUAAUAGUGAUGCAUCGGUCUCAGCUAACGGUGGCCAAACGCUGGAAACUGGGCCUGAAAUGAAUCAAAAUGGUGAUGAACAUAGCGACAAUGCUACUAUAAACGUGAAAACCGAUUCUAAACACAAGGUGGUCCCAUCUAAGGUUCCGCCUGUUGGAAAAUUCCCUCCUCUUCCAUACACAGAGCCGCAUUGGGGUGGUCCGGCUCCAGCUGACGUCUAUUCUCUUGAAGUUUUGAAAAACGGCACCAUAGUGGACAAGGUGCCCCUCGCCCAUAAAGGUUUCUUCGUGGUUGGACGUUUGCCGGUGUGUGAUGUACCCUUGGAACACCCGUCCAUCUCCAGAUACCAUGCUAUCAUUCAGUAUCGUCAGCAUCCCGGCAAUGGGGAUUCUGUCGGCGAGGGGCGAGGUUUUUACAUUCAGGACCUGGGCAGCACACACGGUACAGUCGUUAAUAAGAACAAGAUUCCUCCCAAGACAUACAUCAGACUCCGCGUUGGACAUGUCCUUAAAUUCGGCGGAAGUACGAGGCUUUUCAUCAUACAGGGUCCAGAAUGUGAUGAGGAAGAAGAGUCCGAACUAACGGUCACAGAGCUGAAAGAGCGAGGCAGGAAAAUGAGGGCGGAGCUUGAGAAAAGAAUGAUGGGAGAGGGUUCUGAUGAUGAAGAGGAAGGAGCGGAGAAGGAUGAAGACAAAAGCGGCAAUAGCAAAUUGUCCAGUGAAGACUCGGGCUGUUCUUGGGGAAUGGCCGAAGAGCAUCUUCCAGAAGAAGAUGAGAAUGAGGAGAACCCCUUUUCAACGGAGUUCCAUGAAGACCAGGAAGCUGCAUACUUGAAGGACCCAAAGAAAGCCUUACAAGGUUUUUAUGAGCGGGAAGGCGAGGAACUGGAGUUUGAGUAUGAAGACAAAAAUCACGGCAGCUGGCUUUGCAGAAUCAAGCUACCUGUGGACGAUGCCUUGGGCCGACAGCUUAUUGCAGAGGUUACUCACACGGGGAAGAAAAAAGAAGCAGCAGUUCAGUGUUGCCUCGAGGCCUGCAGGAUGCUCGAAGCCAGAGGAGUGCUGCGUCAGGAAGCAGUGUCCCGCAAGCGCAAGAAAAAGAACUGGGAAGAUGAAGACUACUAUGACAGUGAUGAUGACACCUUCCUAGACCGGACAGGCACUGUUGAAAAGAAGAGGAAGGAGAGAAUGAAAAGAGCAGGAAAGAUUGAGGAGCGGCCCGACACGCAUGAAUCACUGCUGGCUAAGCUAUCACAGGUGGAGAAGGAGGUAGCAGAAACACAGAAAAAGCUGGGCACCCAUGGAAAAGAUACUUGUGGCUCUUCUACCGAUGACCCACUGGAUGCCUUCAUGACCGCUGUGCGCAGUGAUGCGACUAUGGAUGCCGUGGAGCGGAGAAAGCUCCAUGUGCACAUAGCAGAUCUUCGAAAAGAUGCCCAGCGACUACGCAAGUUGGUAGAACUUACUCGCCCCUCUCAGCUGCCCUCGCUGCUCCCCAGUGUUAACUCCAAGGCUGAGAAACCGAAGAAAGCCUUGCCGCUUUUUGGAGCCAUGAAGGGAGGAAGCAAGUUCAAGCUGAAGACAGGCACUAUUGGGAAGUUGCCUCCGAAGCAGCCCAACUUGCCUUCUGAGCUUUUUAACAUGAAAGAACUUCCGCCAGGAGGAGAGGAGGAGGAGGAGGAGGAGGAAGAAGAAAACAGGACAGUACAGGAGGAGACUGCUGAAAACAUGGAGGCUAAUGAAGAUAAAGUGUGCGAGUUGAAUGUCGAUCUUGUAGAGGCCAGCAACCUCAUAUCUCAAGAGACUUCAGGGCAGAAAGGAGAAAAACGAGUGUCAGAACCAAAAGAGAAAAGUCCGGAAAGGAGCAAAACCAAGACGUGUACUGAAACAGGCAAGCUGUUUCUUCAUCAGAACUCCAAGCCCAACCAUGACCCAUCAUCUUCCGAGUCCAAAAACGAGGUUGAUACGGAUCUUGGUGCGAGAAAGAAGAAAAAAGUCAUGGGUCCCAGCAGGCCACCCAUGCAGCUCUCGAGUCAGUAUCCACAAGACGACCCUGAUUACUGUGUUUGGGUACCGCCAGCAGGUCAGACUGGAGAUGGUCGUACUCAUCUAAACGACAAGUAUGGCUACUGA